ACACACACCUCUACAACAGGGUACAACACACACCUCUACAACAGGGUACAACACACCUCUACAACAGGGUACAACCCCACACCUCUACAACAGGGUACAACAUACCUCUACAACGGGAUACAACCCCACACCUCUACAACAGGGUACACCACACCUCUACAACAGGGUACAACAUACCUCUACAACAGGAUACAACACCACACCUCUACAACAGGGUACAACACACCUCUACAACAGGGUACAACACCUCUACCACAGGGUACAACACCUCUACCACAGGGUACAACACCACACCUCUACAACAGGGUACAACACCACACCUUUACAACAGGGUACAACACCUCUACCACAGGGUACACCACCUCUACCACAGGGUACAACACCUCUACCACAGGGUACAACACCACACCUCUACCACAGGGUACAACACACACGGUACCGUCCAGACUGCUCAUAGUAUUUGUGUUCUUCUCUGUUUUGGUUCUGUAGCUGCUGCCAUGUUAUUAUAAUCCGUUUCUGUCCUUAUGUUCCUGUACACUUAACCGGCUCUCUGAACUGCAAACAAUCCCAAGAAGCAGAAGCCCUAUGGGAACAGAAUGUCCCUCAUUUAGGUAAAUCAAUCUGUGUUCUGGUGUUGGAGAACGCCGCGGGAGAAUCUCAUUUACAUACUCCUCACGUCCUCUCUACUUCUCUAAACCGAUUGGAGGAGAAGGUCAGAGGGGAUGGACCUCUGGCUUUCUCAUCCAAUGGGCUUUGAGGAGGCAAGGAGAGAGGAUGCCAGGAGUAUGUAAAUGAGAUUCUCCCAGUGUGCAAUUUGGGUGAGCUGCUGAGGAGCCUCCACAAGACCUCUGACACCCAGCAGGCCAUAGCGAGUCACAGCAACCUGGGGUUACCUUGGAGAUGGAACAGCAAUCUGGAUGUAACCUGCCAACAGAAUGUCAAUAAAGAAUUACCCUGAAGGCCCAGAAUGUUAACCUGACGACUUCUUGACGACAGUACAAGAACUGAGCUGAAGAUCAAUGUUCGCGUCACCACCAUGGACGCUGAGCUGGAGUUCGCCAUCCUGCCCAGCACCACUGGCAAACAACUCUUCAACCAGAUAGUGAAAACCAUCGGGCUGAGAGAGACCUGGUUCUUUGGCCUACAGUACCAGGACAGCAAAGGCUUCUCUACCUGGCUCAAACUCAACAAGAGGGUGACAGCUCAGGAUGUACGCAGGGAGAACCCUCUGUUGAUAAAGUUCAGGGCCAAGUUCUACCCUGAAGACGUAGCUGAGGAACUGAUCCAAGAGGCCACGCAACGACUUUUCUUCCUGCAGGUGAAGGAAGGCAUCCUGAAUGAUGAUAUCUACUGUCCUCCGGAGACGGCUGUGCUGUUGGCCUCCUACUCUGUUCAGACCAAACAUGGAGACUACAAGAAGGACUACCACUUCCCGGGUUACCUCAGCAGGGACAAGCUGCUUCCCCAGAGAGUUCUGGAGCAGCACAAGCUGAACAAGGAGCAGUGGGAGAAUAGAAUAAAGGUGUGGCAUGAGGAGCACAAGGGAGUGCUGAGGGAGGAUGCCAUGGUGGAGUAUCUGAAGAUAGCUCAGGAUCUAGAGAUGUAUGGAGUCAACUACUUCAGCAUCAAGAACAAGAAGGGUUCAGAGCUGUGGCUGGGGGUAGACGCUCUGGGCCUCAAUAUAUACCAGAACACUGACAGGAUGACCCCUAAGAUUGGCUUCCCAUGGAGUGAGAUCAGAAACAUUUCCUUCAACGACAAGAAGUUUGUUAUAAAGCCCAUGGACAAGAAAGCCCCGGAUUUUGUGUUCUACGCCCCUCGUCUGCGGAUCAACAAACGUAUCCUGGCGUUGUGCAUGGGGAACCAUGACCUGUACAUGAGGAGGAGGAAGCCAGACACCAUCGAGGUCCAGCAGAUGAAGGCCCAGGCCAGAGAGGAGAAGACUAAGAGACAGAUGGAUAAAGCUCUGCUUGAGAGCGAGAAGAAGAAGAGAGAGAAUGCGGAGAAGGAGACAGAGAAGAUCGCCAGAGAAACCAUGGAGCUGAUGGGCAGACUGAAACAGAUUGAGGAAGAGACCAAGAAAGCUCAGGAAGAGCUGGAGGAGCAGACUCGCAGGGCCCUGGAGCUGGAGAAGGAGAGGACGUUUGCCCAGGAGGAGGCAGAGCGUCUGGAGAAAGAGCGCAGAGCAGCGGAAGAGGCCAAGGCAUCCCUCCUACAGCAGUCAGAGAGCCAGAUGAAGAACCAGCAGAACCUGGCCACUGAGCUGGCUGAGCUGACCUCUAAGAUCUCCCUUCUGGAGGACGUAAAGAAGGAGAAGGACAACGAUACAAAGAGAUGGCAGAAAAGGACGGUCAUGGUGGAGGUUGAUUUGGAGCGGGCCAAAGAAGUUCUGAAGACUAAAGACAUCCAGGACUGUGUGCAGGGGGACCACGACGAGACCGACGAGAGCAGCGCCGAGGCCAGCGCCGAGCUGACGUCACCAGGCAUGGUCAGAGACCGCAGCGAGGAGGAACGCAUGACGGAGGCUCAGAAGAACAAACGGCUACAGAAACACCUCAAGGUCCUGAGUACUGAGUUGGCCAGCGCUCGAGACGACAGUAAGAAUACUCCCAACGACCUGAUCCACGCGGAGAACGUUAAGGCCGGCCGGGACAAGUACAGGACCCUCCGUCAGAUACGACAGGGCAACACCAAGCAACGCAUCGACGAGUUUGAGUCCAUGUGAGAGAGAGAGAAUGAGUGAGUGAGAGAAUGAGAGAGAGAGAGAACAAGAGUCUGUACUGAAUCUAUGUAUUUGAAUGGAAGUCAUAUAGGCAGGUACAGUGUAAUUAUAACGUCAACAGGUACAGUGUAAUUAUAACGUCAACAGGUACAGUGUAAUUAUAACAUCAACAGGUAAAAUCAAAUCAAAUCAAAUUUUAUUUGUCACAUACACAUGGGUAGCAGAUGUUAGUGCGAGUGUAGCGAAAUGCUUGUACUUCUAGUUCUGACAAUGCAGUAAUAACCAACAAGUAAUCUAGCUAACAAUUCCAAAACUACUACCUCAUAGACACAAGUGUAAGGGGAUAAAGAAUAUGUACAUAAAGAUAUAUGAAUGAGUGAUGGUACAGAGCGGCAUAGGAAAGAUACAGUAGAUGGUAUUGAGUGCAGUAUAUACAUAUGAGAUGAGUAUGUAAACAAAGUGGUAUAGUUAAAGUAGCUAGUGAUACAUGUAUUACAUAAGGAUGCAGUAGAUGAUAUAGAGUACAGUAUAUACGUAUACAUAUGAGAUGAAUAAUGUAGGGUAUGUAAACAUUAUAUUAGGUAGCAUUGUUUAAAGUUGCUAGUGAUAUAUUUUACAUCAAUUCCCAUUAUUAAAGUGGCUGGAGUUGAGUCAGUGUGUUGGCAGAAACCACAGUGUAAUUAUAACAUUGACGUUGCUUUAUUGACUUUAUAAGAACCCACUGCCUCUCCCCAGUAGCGUUUUGUCUACUGUGACUAAAGAUUGCCAUCUACUGGCUGUAACGUAUUACAUUUAUGUUUGCUAAAGUCAAAUUCUGUGGACUACAGACUGUAGGCUACUAGUUCAACAAUCAAAGUGAGUGAUGACAUUAUUACUACAUCAUUCCUGUUGCUUUUGGGUUUUGCAAUCUUGAAAUGCAUCUAUGCAAAAUAAUCCUUAGCUGAUACACUAUAAAACCCAUAUUUUUCUGUAUGCAUAGUUUAGUGAGAGGAACAGUUAGAGGUUAUUUACAAUAUUUAUAAUGGAUGUCAUUUCACAGAUAUAAAUGAGCACCAAAUUUGUUAAGUGUUUUGCUAUGAGUCAAAUAAAUACCAUUAACAACAUUGAGUGCUGUG